AUGGCUGCCAGUGAUGGUCUACUGGGUGUCAGCUUUUAUUGGCACGAUACAAAGCGAAGUGCCAAGCUCUGCUGCCUCGAUUCCCCGAGCAGACUCGGCCUCUGGAAUAAAAGCAUGCAAAAUGUCUCGCCUGAACACAGAGACAUAGCAAUGCUGGGCUGGAAGGAGGAAGUGCAGUGGAGAGGGGAGGGACUGCGCGCAGAGUUCCAAACUGCUGCCGCGGCGCUGAGAACUUGUGCGCAUGGAGCGGCGGGGGACAGCUGGAAGAGCUUCAUACUGCAAACUCAAGGAAUAGCAGAAUACCUGCACAGGAUGGAGACUGAGGAGGCACAGGAAAUGUCCCAGAUAACAGGAAGGGACAGCCCGACUGCUAACGAGGGGGGAGAGGACCAAGAUGAGGCCAUGCCUGUUCCUGAAGACUUGUCAGCCAGCACUGGUCUCCAACACAACAACCGCACAGAAAAACCACUGGCCUGUAAUAUAAAAGUUGAGGCUCGGAGUGACGAGGAAAACGGGCUGGCCUGUGAGAUGAAUGGAGAGGAGGAGGAAUGUGCAGCCGAGGACUUGCGUGUGCUCGAUGGCUCAGGGGCCAAAGUGAACGGCUCCCACGCAGGCCCUGACAGCAAGCCGGCCGCCUACCCCACGGCCGGGGGCAUCCGCCUCCCCAACGGGAAGCUGAAGUGCGAUAUCUGUGGGAUGGUUUGCAUUGGGCCCAAUGUGUUAAUGGUGCACAAGCGAAGUCACACUGACGAAAGAAAGUCAUACAGGUUUGGAAUGACAAACAGUAAGGGGGAAAGGCCGUUCCAGUGCAACCAGUGCGGUGCUUCCUUCACUCAGAAGGGUAACCUGCUCCGACACAUCAAACUGCACUCUGGCGAGAAACCUUUCAAAUGUCACCUAUGCAACUACGCUUGCCGGCGCAGAGACGCCCUCACCGGACACCUGCGCACACACUCGGUCGGAAAACCUCAUAAGUGUGCAUACUGCGGGCGCAGUUACAAGCAGCGGAGCUCGCUGGAGGAACAUAAGGAGAGAUGUCACAACUACCUGCAGUGCAUGGGCCUUCAGAACAGCAUUUAUACUGUGAAGGAAGAGAACAGCCAGAAUGAGCAGAGGGAGGACAUGCCUGCAUCUGAGAGAGCCUUGGUGCUAGACAGGAUAGCUAACAAUGUAGCUAAGCGUAAGAGCUCUAUGCCACAGAGGUUUGUGGGAGAGAAUCGUUUGUCGGAGCUGUCAUUCGAGGGUGGCUCAGGUGAGCUCAUGCAGCCUCACGUCAUUGAUCAGGCCAUCAACAGUGCGAUUAAUUAUUUGGGAGCGGAGUCCUUGCGGCCUCUGGUUCAGACCUCCCCUGGCUCCUCCUCAGACAUGGUGGUCAGCCCUAUUUACAACCUCCACAAGACACAAUCAGCCGAAGGCAAUGGUGUGUCUGCUAAGGACAGCGCCGCAGAGCAUCUCCUCCUGCUGUCCAAGUCCAAAUCGGCCUCCGUGGAGAAGGACGGCUCGCCCAGCCCUAGCGGCCAGGACUCCACUGACACCGAGAGUAACAAUGGGGAGCGGGCGGCCGGGGGAGGCGCGGCGACGGCCGCAGGGGGUCUCAUCUACCUGACCAAUCACAUGGCUCCAGGUAUGCGAAACGGAGGUCUGCCAGUGGUAAAGGAAGAGCAGCAGCGGCAUUUCAAGGCCUUGCGGGCAGCGGGGAUGGAGCUGAGUAUGGCAUCAUCGGAGGGGUUUAAGGUCCUGAGCGGAGAGGGAGAAGAAUUGAGGGCGUACUGCUGCGUCCACUGCAGAGUUUUGUUCCUGGACCACGUCAUGUAUACCAUCCACAUGGGAUGCCAUGGCUUCCGAGACCCGUUCGAGUGUAACCUGUGUGGUUACCGCAGUCAGGACCGCUACGAGUUCUCAUCGCACAUCACGCGUGGAGAGCACCGCUUCUGAGUCAACACACAGAGACGUUCCACAUACGCUUGACUAUACACAUUCACUCACACACAACCGUUUCAACAUUUCAGGAUUUUUUUUAGACACUGUCCAAACACUGGAUUUUUUUUUUUUUUUUUUUACAUUUCAUGUAACAUUGGUUUUUCUUUGUACAUACAGUUGCCUAUAUAUUUCGAUGUCUUGUCUAUUUUUCUACAAUGGUGUGACUUGUACGUAGACUUUUAAAAAAGAAAAAACUGUAACUAAAAAUAGAAAUUAGGAAUUUGAAAGUUUUAAAUCAUCCCAUAUAAACGUGACUUUUUUGCUGCCCUAAAGUUACUAAGAUAAACAAUAUUAAUAAUUAAAUGCUCAAAAUUAAAUAAAGUUAUAAAAUAUCAUUUGCAAUAUGUGAUGUAAACUCAUGUAUCUCUCUUUCCUGUGUUCAAACAGUUUACUCUUAAUCUUAAAUAUAUAUUUUUUUAUAUUAAGCAGCCUGAAGAAGUUCCUAUCAUUUUAUAAUUUAUUACAAUGAAAUAAUGCCACAAUUUGCCCAUUUUAUGUAACAUGACUCCCUUUUGAAAUGUUACCUUGUAUAUUGAACCAAAUAUAUGGAAGUACAUAUGUUUUUUUUUUUUUUAUUAAAAUUCCACAGAUUUUUUCCUUGCUUAAUUUAUAUUGUAUUUACAAAUACAGUUUAAAUAAAGCAUUUUACUCGUACAUAUUUACAUGAACAUCCUAGAAUAUAUAUGCUUGCAAAAAAUAAUAAAAGAUUUUACAUUUGUUCAA